CACCGCAGAAGCAACAAUAGUAGUAGUAGUAGUAGUGGGCGUCGGACAGGGCUAGCCUAGCAGAAAGAAGGAUUCUGAGUCCUCUCCUUCACUUCACCUCCAUCACUGCUGUGUCCUCAGCCACUCCAUACAGACACAAACCGCCAACUUGUAAGGAUUUGCAAUGGCGGCACAUAGACACUACACCCUACUUCUUCUCAUACUUCAUUUCUUGACUGUAUCACCUGCCACUCAAGAUGACCUUGUAAUCACUACUGAGACUGGGAAAGUUCAGGGGAAGAUGAUUUCAGUGCUGGAUGGUGAGGUUAGGGCAUUUCUUGGAAUUCCUUUUGGAAAACCACCUGUCGGAGAAUUGAGAUUCAGAGCUCCAGAGCCGGCAGAGGCAUGGGAAGGCGUGAAAGAUGCCACCAAAUUUGGAAAUAGCUGUUACCAGAUGAAAGAUGUAAUCUAUCCAGGGUUCAAGGGUGCAGUGAUGUGGGACCCAAACACUCCUGUGAGUGAGGACUGUCUGUACCUAAACGUCUGGACCCCAACUGCCAAUAAAACAAAUCCACCACUUCCUGUAAUGGUCUGGAUCUAUGGAGGUGGAUUCACUGGAGGAACCGCCUCUCUGGACCUUUAUGAUGGCCGCUUCCUGACUCAAACUGAAAAUGUUAUUGUAGUGUCAAUGAAUUACAGACUCGGUGCUUUUGGUUUCCUGUCCCUUCCUGACAACAAGAACGUCCCAGGAAAUGCAGGUCUAAAGGACCAGCAGUUGGCCCUCAAGUGGGUAUCCAAAAAUAUUGCUGCUUUUGGAGGUGAUCCUUCAAAGGUGACUAUAUUUGGGGAGAGUGCUGGGUCUGGAUCUGUGGGCUUCCAAGUGCUGUCCCCUGGGAGCCAGGAGUAUUUCCAAAGGGCUAUAAUGGAGAGUGGAGCUCCUAAUGCACCCUGGGGCACAAUCAGCAAUAAAGAGACCUGGGCCAGGGCCGCGAGGCUGGCGAAGAAUGUGGGGUGUUCCACUGAUCCAGCUGAAAUGGAAGCUUGUCUUCAGAAGGCUAGUGCUGAUGAUAUCGUAUUGCAGCAGUUUUAUGUUUUCACAAAGGCUUCAAUCUUAGGCUCACCCUUCGUCCCUGUUGUUGAUGGAGACUUUGUGCCAGAGUUACCUGCGGAUAUGCUGAUUAAGGGUAACCUCCCAAAGAAAGAUAUUCUGAUGGGAUUAAACAGAGAUGAAGGCACCUACUUCCUAUUGUAUGGAGCUCCUGGAUUUAACAUCACAGGCGAGAGUCUCAUCAGCAGGGAUCAGUAUUUGCAAGGAUUGGCCAUUUCAAUGCCAGAUGCGAGUAAUGUCUCAAGAGCUGCAGCCAUUUUCCAGUACACUGAUUGGGCAGAUGAGAACAACAGCAUGAAAAACCGUGAUUUCCUGGCUGGUGUGGUUGGAGGAAAGUACUUUUUCUGUCCUGUGCUGGAGUUUGCUCAAAAGUACUCAUACCAUGGUGGUAAACUUUACUUUUAUUUCUUUGAGCAUCGGUCAACCAUCAACCCUUGGCCAGAAUGGAUGGGUGUUAUGCAUGGCUAUGAGAUUGAAUUUGUCUUUGGAAUGCCUCUGAUUCCAUCCCUGGGAUACCAGGCAAAUGAAUUGGCCAUGAGCAAGAGGAUGAUCAAACACUGGACCAACUUUGCCAAAACAGGGAAUCCGGGUAUUGAAGGAGUUGAAUGGCCCUUGCACAGUGCUGAGAAACAGGAGUAUCUGACUCUGAGCGUCAAUGCUUCAGAGAAAAAGAUGAAGUUGAAGGCUCACGAGUGCCGUCUCUGGACCAAAUUGCUACCAAAUGUACAGAAUGUCUCAGAUGAUCUCCAGGCUUGUCAAUAACUUAAAUUGACUUUUGCCUUAUUGAGUUCAGUGGCUGAGGAUGCUGGAUUACUUCACCAUUAUUACUAAUGCAUUAACAUGUAAGCAGUACUUUUAUGUUGGGUAGAUAAUUUCAACAGCUUGCUAAUACUGAUGGGUAUAUUAGUCUGUAAUGAUGCAUCAAACUUUAUCUUAUUUUGAUCAGUAAUUGAUUUACACUGGGUUAUUAAAGGAAUCAAUAAAGUGAUGUUAUAUUAAGU